AUGGCAAAAGGCCACUGCCGGCCUCAAAUGAUGACCAAGCCGGUGGCGAUGGACUGCGAGUUUGUGUCGUGUCCGAUCACGGCGCUGGCCUUCUUUGAGGUCGACGAUCCCUGCAAUGAGAAGGACGAUGGCAGUGGUGGUCACGCAGGGGAAGCAGAUGCAUGUCGCACCUAUCUCCUCGCGGGGGAGGAUACGCAGCUCAAGAUCUAUGACGUCGCUUCGGGAUCGCUGUGCGGCGAGCUGCAGGUGUUUUCCGCCAGCGUCAUCCACGGCAUCUUUGUCGGCAUCGGAGCCUCGCGCGGGAGCAUACUGGUCUGGGGUGGCUGCUCGGUCGCCGUGCUUUCGAGGGUCGUGCUAGAGGAUCUGCUUUCCGGAAGAGGGUGGGAUCGUGCGGCGCCUGUGAUUACGGAAGCUACGGCGCCGGACUGGAUCUACGACGGAGCCUUGGCACCUGUUCUGUCCUUGGGCCGGGGCGAUGUGGAUGGCGUCCUGAUAACGGCCCACAACGAGGUCGUGGAGCUUCGGAUCGGGAGCCGGGACGCUCACCCAACAGUCGAGUUUGGCCGUGUCGCAUCACCCUCUCGUCCGAUCCUGUACUCGGCUAACGUGCGUUGGCUUGCAGGUGACUUGCUCCUGGUCGCGGGCGGCACCGUCUUUGGCGAGAUCAUUGUCUGGAAUUGGCAUCCCGUAGGGGGCGACUGUGAAGUGCUGUUUGUGCUCGAGGGCCACGAAGGGUCCAUAUUUGGCGUACACAUCUCGGACGAACUGGUGACGCCCAGUGGCGAUGUUGUUAGGUUGCUGGCGAGCUGUAGCGACGACAGGACUGUGCGGAUAUGGGACGUCACAGAGCGUAACCUCGAUCCAUCGUCUUCAGGGGUGAAGUCACAAAACGGGAAACUGGUGGAGGAAGGUCGCGAGACUGGAUUUGGAGGCAAGCAGCAGGUCGACGAUGGACCUCAGGCAGGCUCGGUGGAGAAUCUGGCUUCUGCCCCCACAGCUUGCUCCAGGAGGGCGCUGGCUGUGGCAAUGGGCCAUAUUUCUAGGAUUUGGCACGUCAAGUUUUCAACUCAGGGGUUUCUUCCAUUCCCGGACAAGGACGCCGCUCCCAGGAUGACUGUCUACUCAUUCGGCGAGGAUGCGACGACACAGGAAUGGCUGCUUGACCUGCAAGGAGAAUCUUCGGGAACCUUGUCACAUGUCAAAACCACGCCCUGCCACAGUGGAAAACACAUUUGGGCUACGGCCUUGUUGGCAUCGACCAAACCAGGAGGGCGGCCGUUGAUUGCAACUGGCGGUUCUGACGGAAAGAUCUCGCUGAUUGGAGAUGUUGGCAGUCGAAAGCUGGUGACUGAUGGUGAUAUACCAAGACGCUCAGAUUUAGAUACUGGGCACGGCGAGCUCGAUACGGGGUUAGAUCAUACCGCCGUAUCAUAUCUCUUUGCAGACAUUGGGUUGCCCGCCGAUGAUGCGGUUGUGCCUGCGCAAGUGGCAGCAAGCGGCGGGAAGGGGGGCCGAGGGGCCGAGACGUUCAAGACCUUUGCAUUUGCUUCGCAGGAUGAGCUUCUCGUCACGUCUACCCUUGGAAACUUGUUUCUGGGUAAGGUCCUUGCCGCUGGUGAUGUGUUUUGGUCAAAAGUUGCCAUUACCGACGCAGAGAGGUCUGAUUUGCAGAACUAUAACAUUGUUCGAGGUGGUGGUGAUAGUGGUCACCGCAUUUCUUUCAUAGGUUCGGCAACUGGUGCGGUCUACAUGUUCACUGCCGCGCCGAUUCCGCGUCUGCUCAAGGUAGCAGAUCUCGGGAGGAAAAUCUCUGACAUUUUCCCCUUAUCCGGGGGAGCUGGGAGCCCAGCAAGCUUGAUAUCACCACUUGAUUCAGAUGGUUCGAACAAAGUAGUGGUAACUUUGCUCGGUCAUGAUGAAGCCUAUCUGCUGAGCAUUGCGGACACAGACUUGACAAAAGAACCCACUUCCACUACAAAAACCAUUACUGUACCACUUAGCAGUGGCUGUGUGGUCACUGCUGCCAAUAUCUGCAAUGAUACCCUUGUGCUAGGGACCCGAGAUGGCAACCUCGUCUUUUAUGGGCACGACAGGGUGGAGGGAGACUUUACUGAGGGGCAUCCAACUUUUUAUGAGCUUUUGCAAGCAACAACAACCAGCAAAGACGCCAUCACCUCCAUCGUCCCACUCCCAGGCGUUCAAGGAGGCCCCCCAUGUCCCUACGUUCUAGCCACAUGUCGCGACGGAAAGUACAUGAUAUACGAGAUCACAACUCCUCCCAAUGCCGAUGGCCCCAGAAAAGAAGAUGGACUGCAAAUAGAGCUCAUCCACGAAUCGUGCCCACCAUUCGGUCCCAUCAUCGCCGAAGCCUGGUUUAAAAAGGCCGCCGACAGCGGCGACGUCGAGCUGAUCCUGUGUGGCUUCCGCAGCAGGUACUUUGUGGUCUGGAACGAAACCCGACAGCACGAGAUCGCCACAGUCGACUGUGGCGGAGCACACCGGACGUUUGCAUACACCCGAACAGCCGUCGACGGCAAAGACGACUGGGUGCGCUUCGCAUACAUCAAGGCCCAACGCACGCACAUCCACACGCAACAGAGGGCCGGCCACGCGGCGCUUCGCAACGGCAUGCACGGCCGCGAGGCGCGCGCCGCGAGCUGGUGCGGAGACCUGCUGGCCACGGCGGCUGAGGACACGACGGUGCGGAUCUGGAAUUACCCGCAACGCCUCGGACACAAGAACACAAGAAGGAAGGAGAUGCGGUGCGUGGCCUGCCUCAACGUCCACACGGCGGGACUGCAGUCGCUGCAGUGGUGCGGACCCGGAUACCUCGUCUCGAGCGCCGGCAACGAGGAGCUUUUCGUCUGGCGCGUCUCGAGGCUGGACGACAGGUCGGCCUACGCCGGUGGGUUGGCCGUCGUACGCGAGGCUGUCUACCCUGACCGCACACCCGAUGGGGAUUUGAGGAUAGUCGAUGUGGCUGUCCGUGCCGCUGGGGACCACACCACUGGAGGCACCUUCUUCAUCUCCAUCGUGCUGUCGAACUCGGUGCUCAGGUCGUAUCUGUACUCGAAAGAAAGGGGCUUCGAAAUACUAGCCCAGGGCAGAUACACAGGCGUGUGUUUGACACAGAUUCGGCAUCUGGAGGUGGGCAGUGGUUGUCGCCUGUGCGUGCUGACAGCGUCGACGGACGGAGCUGUUGUCGUCUGGGAGUGCGCGGCGCCGAGGGACGUCGACGAUCCGAAGGCGACGGUUCCUGGCGAAUAUAUAAUCAAAGGGGUGUACAACUUGCAUCAGAGCUCCAUAAAGGGGUUGGACAUCAGUCCAAUACACCCAGGAGGUAACCAAAAGGGAGGUGAUUGGGUUGUUCUCACGGUAGGCGACGACAACGCCCUCGGCGUGCUGCAUCUGGGACCAGUGCCGGGUGGGGCCGAAGACGGCAGCAGUUCACCCAGCCUGCGGUCCUGUCGGGUCAUAGUGCGCUCGGCACACGCCGCAGGCAUCACGGGCAUCCGGGUCAUUGGAUCUCGUGACGAGGGGAGGGUGCUGUUUGCUGCGACGGUCAGCAAUGACCAGCGCAUGAAGAUCUGGAGGGUACAGCUUGGUGAUAGCGUCAAGACCGAUGGGGAAGACGCUACCGCCGUCCGGGUACAGCUGCUCCAGGACAAGUACAGUGCUGUCGCUGAUGCUGGAGAUUUAGAUAUUUUGGAAGGAGAGAAUCCUGACAUGGGUGGAAAGCUGGUGGUGGCCGGAGUUGGGGUCGAGGUUUGGAAUGUGAGCUUGUCAUGA